UGUGCUCUUCCCAAACUUCUCCACAUAUCUUCAUCUCUGUACGCACAAUGCCAAUGCCUUCAGGUGCAUCAGCUUCCCUUGUAGUUGCCUGCCUCGCCGUGCUGGCAUUGUCCUCCCUGCGGCAGCCGGCGACGGGGACACCAUGCAGCGACGCCUGUAGCGCACAGUGCGAUUCAAGCUGUAGAGCCAUUACUGACACGACUUGCGGCAGCGACUGCGACUCCAGGGUCCCGCCGUCUCCGCCACCUCCGCCGUCGCAGUGCGAGCAGUGCAAGUCCAGCAUCGCAGUGCAGUGCGUGUCAAUCUGCGACAUCAACGCCUGCCGCAUCAGGUACCCUAUGUCUGAUUGUGCUGCCAUAUGCAACGCCUGCACCACUUCGUGCAACAACAUAUGCAGCGCUCCUCCCUCGCCGCCACCCCCGGCCGCACCCACCAGUCGUCCAACUCCUUUUUGUCAUGGCUGCAUAUACACGACCAUGACGGACUGCCUUGGCACCUGCAACCAGAACUGCACCGCGACGACCUGCGGCACGGCCUGAACACGUAUUGG